GGUGGAGUGGAGCUUUCUGCCCGUCGGGGCCGGGUCGGCUGGGUUGUCGUCGGGGUAGAGCCGACGCGGCAGCGGCGGCAGAGCUAUGGCGGGGGCGCUGGUGCGCAAAGCGGCCGACUAUGUCCGGAGCAAGGACUUCCGGGACUAUUUGAUGAGUACGCACUUUUGGGGUCCAGUAGCCAACUGGGGGCUCCCCAUUGCAGCCUUCAAUGAUAUGAAGAAAUCUCCAGAGAUCAUUAGUGGCAGAAUGACAUUUGCCCUUUGUUGUUAUUCUUUGACAUUCAUGAGAUUCGCCUACAAGGUGCAGCCUCGGAACUGGCUCCUCUUUGCGUGCCACGCCACGAAUGAAGUAGCCCAGCUCAUCCAGGGAGGACGCCUUAUCAAUCACAAGAUGAGUAAAAAAGCUUCUGCUUAACAAAGGGAGGAGAGGUUGUACCUGCUCUGCAGGGACAGCAUUUCCAGCAACAGCUGCUGAGACACAGAUACCAUCACACAUGGUCUUGCUAAGGAAGACAACAGCAUCUUUUCAUUAGCCAGACUUAUUUCUUUAGAAAGAGCUGAGAGUACCUAAAAUAACUCUUUGCUGCCUUACAAUUACUUAACAUAUUUUCUCUUUUUAAAGAGUAGUUCAAAUUAUGCAACUAAUUUAAUGGUCUCAAUGAUGGUUUUAAUCUCAAACAGUAUGUAUAUUAGCUCUUGGUCAUGGAAUUUAUCUUAUGAAAAACUGAAGAGAACAAAGCCUGUAACUUUGAGCACUUUGGUACACAGAAUAUUUGUUUUGUUCUAUAAUAGUAACAAGUCAACUAGUGGUAGUUGACAAAAAAUUUAUUUCCAAUGAAGUAAUUGUUUGAAUCAGUUAUCUGUGUACUUCCAUGCAGUGUGUACGAUCAAAAUGCUGUAACUGAAUUGCAAUAAAUCACUGAAAUAUUAAACUUC